AUGCACGUCGCGUUGAUCUUGUUGACGGCGGUUUCCGCCCACGCCUUUUCCACGGAAGCACCACAUCCACUGCCCUGGUCUCCAGCCGGGCCUGGCGAUGUACGAUCUCCAUGCCCGGGUCUAAACUCGCUCGCGAACCACGGCUUCCUCCCCCACGACGGAAAGUUCGUCACGGAGCAACAAACCGUCAGCGGUUUGGGAGACGCCUUGAAUAUCGACGCAGCCCUCGCAAAGCUGCUAUUCCAGGGCGCUCUGGCCACGAAUCCAAGCCCCAACGCGACGAAUUUCUCUCUGGAUGAUCUUAGCCGUCAUAACAUCAUUGAACAUGAUGGGAGCUUGAGUCGCCAGGACUACUACUUCGGCGACAACCACGACUUCAACCAGACCAUCUUCGAUCAGACGCGUGGGUAUUGGACCCACGCGCUCAUCGACCUCAAAGACGUGGCUACCGCCCGCGCAGCUCGCAUGAACACCUCCAUGGCGACGAACCCCGAAUUUGGCCUCUCCAACGCGACUCUGACGGAUAGCUUUGCGGAGUCCGCGACAUACCUGCUAGCGUUUGGGAACAAGACUGCGGGGACAGUCAAUCGGACCUGGGUUGAAUAUUUCUUUGAAAAUGAGCGAUUGCCGGACGAGCUUGGCUGGGUCCGGCAAUCGGUUGCGAUCUCGCAGGUGGAUUUGGAUAGUAUGACGCAAAGGGUGGUGAAUGCAACCGGGACUGCGGAGACGCGCGCGGAGGUUAUCAGGAGGGGUGGGAUACAUGGUCCACUACUGACAGUCCCGCAGGACGUAUCAAAACGUUGCAGAUGGGAAUGA